AUGUUUACGAAAGCUUCCAAUCUUUUUAUCAAAAAAUGGAACAAGAAAGAACCAAAAUUUAUCGAAUAUUUUCAAAAUCAAUGGUUAAACUCACAUGAUGGUUGGUAUGAGGGUAUUAAACAUUUAACUCCAAUCACAAAUAAUGGUUUGGAAUCAAACAACAGAGUUAUUAAGGAUGAAAAUACAUUUCGUGAACGUCUUCUAUUAUCCAGAUUUAAAAUUUUAACAUUAGAAAUUGUUGAAAAAUGGUCAAAAUCGUGUGAACGAGGUCUUAAACAAUUUCAUGAUAAGCAAACGGUGACAUUAGAUAUAUGGACGAAUAGUUAUCAAUGGGUCAAGUUAAACAAGUCAAUUGUAUCGACGAAACUAGAAAAUGAAAUUGAAUUUUACAUACCUGCUG